AUGGCUAGUCACAAACUCCUUCAUGAAGUGCCGCUUUUCGACCAUUUUACUACUGCUCGACAACGCGAGACCUCAGAAACGUUGGCUGAGAUUUAUUCCUUGGUAGUUGUUCUUGACCAGGUAGAAAAAGCGUAUUUGAGAGACUGCCUGUCGGGUAGCGAAUAUACGACUAUCGUGAAUAAGCUUUUGGCCCAAUACAAGACGUAUUUGGACAAUGAUGACGUGCAGAAGGAAUUUGGAGAUUUACGAACCUUUAAAGAGAAAUACAACAUCAGCGCAUCCAAUGCUAUCACCAGGAUAGAACGUGGAAUGCCCGUGACCGUGGAGCAUGGAAUUAGAAGUGAACAGGAUACUAGUGCAUCGCUCAGUGGGAGUGCUCAAUUUAGCGGAAAGGCAGUGGCGGAGGCCACUGGUAACUUCAUAACAGUCAUGGAUGCCCUCAAACUCAAUUACCGUGCAAAAGACCAGCUACAUCCUUUGAUGUCAGAGCUCCUUCUGAGUAUCAACAGAGUGAGCUCUCAGGAUUUCGAGCAUCGCCAAAGCCUCGUGGACUGGAUUGUCAAAGUGAACAAGAUGAGGGUCGCAGAAAAACUGACUGAGGAUGACGCCCGAGAACUGCUGUUUUGCUUGGAGUCUGCUUAUAAGAAUUUUUACACUUUGCUCGAGUGA